AUGGAGGGGGCGGCAGAGGAGCGGCGCCGCCGGUGGCCGCCGUGGAGCUCCCUGGAGGGGAAGAUCGUCAUGGUGACCGGCGCCUCCUCCGGCAUCGGAAGGGAUUUCUGUCUGGAUCUCGCAGCCGCCGGCUGCAGAGUCGUGGCGGCGACGAGGAGGAUCGACCGCCUGGAAUCGCUCUGCGCCGAGAUCAACGCGCGAGAGCCGCCGGCCCUGCGAGCGGUGGCCGUCGAGCUCGACGUGAGCGCCGAGGAGGCCACAAUAGCGCCGGCGGUGGAGCGGGCAUGGAGCGCCUUCGGCCGCAUCGAUUCUCUGGUAAAUAACGCGGGAGUGAGAGGUGAUUCCCGAUCUAGGUCUGGCCGGAGUUUCUCUCGUUGUUUGUUUAAUUUCUUCAUGGAAUAUGUUGGUUGGGGUUUCCGUUCCCCUGGAUCGCGUUCCUUUGUUUCAGUCCAAAGUGCUUGCCUAGAAUCUGAAAUCCGUUUAGUUCACCACUUCAUUAUUUCAAAAUUAUACCUACAUAUCUACUCUCAUAUACCUUCCCAAAUAACCCGGGAUCAGCAGUUUCCUGGAAAAUAUUAUGAUCAAGCUCCCUCAUAGUGAUCGUCAGGAAAAUAUCAGUUCGAUUUAGGUUUCCUACUUACGGAAGAGAUGAGAUCGUCGUAGAUUUACGUUGACGUUUUAUCUUGAAUCAUCUUACCAAUGGUUUUACCUAUUUUAGCAAACUAUUCGAUUUGUAAGAUCUUUGAUCCGUCUGAUGACCGCUAAUCUUGGCCUGAACCAACCCGCGGCCAUCUGAACCAGGUGGUGUGAACUCUCCUCUGAAGACACCCGAUGGUGAAUGGACCAACGUGUUUGCCACCAGUGUACCCGGAUCUUGGUUAGUUGCUAAACAUGUCUGCAAGCUCAUGCGUGGUGCAAAGUUGGGAGGGUCGGUAGUCAACAUCUCUUUAACAUCUGGCAUCAGCCGCGGACAAUUACCCCGAUCAGCCGCCUAUGCUACAUCAAAGACAGCAUUGAACGUGAUGACCAAAGUUAAUCCCUCAAUUUCCAGAGCGAUUUGUUCAUCCAUUCUAUGAUGGUUUGAUCAUCUUUUCUCAUCGUGGGCUCAAAGUUUUGGAGAUUUUGUGCCAUCUUUGCCUGCCAUCAAAAUAUGAUUUUACAUCGAGAUACCGUCCAUCAUAUAUUUUUUCUAAUCCGAGUAAAUCUCAUCUGAUGAUGCCAUCUAUGCUCACCGUCAACUCCAUAUUUGGCAAGUUUAUUGCAUCUCUCAAGGGGGGCCUUUGACAUUUCAGGUGAUGGCGUUGGAGCUAGGAGCAUACAACAUCGGGGUCAACUCCAUAUCGCCAGGAAUCUUCAAGUCAGAGAUCACCGAGGCCCUCGUGAAGAAAAAAUGGCUCAAGGAUGUCGCCGCAAAGAUUAUCCCUCUGAAAACUCAUGGCACGGUUGACCCCGCGUUGACCUCCCUGCUCCGGUAUCUGAUCCACGAUGCAUCGAAUUAUGUGACCGGCAACAUCUUUGUUGUUGAUGCGGGGGCACCCUCCUCCCAGGAGUCCCCAUCUUCUCCUCUCUCUAAAUGUGGCGUUAUCAGUUCCUCUCUCUAG